AUGCUCGAGAGUAAAACUUUUAAGGACAACAGUCGACAAAGAAGACUGCUUUUUUACGACGAAGACGGGAAUUUAGUGAAGACAUACUCCAACCCUUACCUUCAUAAUUUUGCAAGUAAAGACAACAAUGUCUUCUGGAACCUAAUGAAUCCAUUUUUCAGUUUCCUGAGGCCGUCAAGCUUCAGUGGUUCUGCUAUUGCAUAUAUGAUACCCGUAUCUGAUGAGGUGAUUCAACAAAUUAACAAUGACCCGGUGUAUCAGAACAAGUUGCUAUUGUUAUCAACACGCGAUCCUGUUGUGGAAGCCAAUCCACUUUGUAACGGGAAAAGGGAACCCAUACCAUCACCGAAGCUAUGCAGCGGCUUCCUGAACUGCUGGGACGGCUGGGCAUUCGAACAGGACUGCCCUGAUGGUCUACUAUUUUCUAACAACGGUUAUUGUGAUUAUACCUACAACGUCGACUGCAGCAACAGGAAACUGAAAGAGCCUGCCUUGAAACCAACUUCUGAAAUGACUACGCCUACUGAACUAAAUCACAGUACGAAACCAACAGCCCCGCCAAAUGAGCUAAACUUUAAAUCGAUUUCUUCUAGCCCGGGAAACAUCGUUGUCAACUCUGUUUACGACAGCAGGACGUGGACAUCAAUGCAUGUGGCAAUGUCACGUCAAGACGCUAUUCGCCAGUUAAAGCUUAAAAGCAUCGCAGACAUUAAAACUGCUAAA